ACUCCUACCCCUCACCUCAUGAAGGCUGCCAACCAACAUGGGGAAAAAUUUCCUGAUUACGGGUGCCGGCCGUGGUAUUGGCCGCGGACUAUCUCGACUACUGCUCCAAAAAGGACAUCGCGUGUUCCUUGUUGACAUUAACAAAGAAGAGCUUGAGCACACACACGAGCAAUUCUCUCAAAUUUUCUCCUCUACUCAAUACGACAAAGCUAUAUGUGACCUUAGCCAGCCUGCGGAGAUAAAGUCUGCUAUAGAGAAAGCUACUAUUUUCUUUAAUGGCCAUCUUGAUGUAUUAAUUAAUAAUGCCGCUUAUACUGGUGCCAUUGGAAAUACUCCUUUUGCGGAGCUGAGCCUCGACACAUGGAACAAAAGCAUCCAGACGAACCUGACAGGCUCAAUGCUGAUGAGUCAGGGAUGCAUAGCUUUGAUGAAGUCGGCCAACGCCCCUCAACAACGUGGUUCGAUUGUCCAUAUUUCGUCAACCCGUGCGCACCAAUCAGAACCCAAUUCCGAAGGGUAUGCCGCCACAAAAGCCGGUCUUAUUGGUCUCACACAUGCCAUGGCAUCUAGCCUUGGUCCAGAUAGAAUUUCCGUCAAUGCUAUUUUGCCCGGCUGGAUCAAUGUGGCAAACGAAUGUAAAGAGGCGGAUGAAAAUGGGACGAAAUGGGAGGAUGGCCUAUCCGAGGACGACCACCGAUGGCAUUUCUCUGGUCGAGUGGGUAGGGUUGAGGAUAUUCUGCGAGCAGUUGAGUAUCUUGUAGACGCUGAGUUUGUCACUGGGACGGAAAUGGUGGUUGAUGGGGGUGUGACGAGAAAGAUGGUAUAUCCUGAAGAAUAGGAUAUCCUCCAACGGAUGAGCUUAUUAAAAAGAGUUAUUGUGUGUAUAAUGUUUAUCCUUGGUAGAAGAAAAACUACAACAGCAUGAGAUUUAUAAA